GAGUGGCGGUCCUGUCCCGGGCCGACGCGCACCGCCCGGGAGGCUCGAAGGGGAGGGCACUCGGGCCGUGCGGGCGGCGUCCUGACUGGCGGCGCUAGGACCCCGUGGGGAGCGGCGGGGGCGGAGCGGGCGGCGCCAGGACCCGGGGGAACCGCGGCGGGCGGGCGGCGAGCAGGCCCGGGGGCCGGGAGGCUGCGGGCGGCGGCGCUGGGCCCGGCGCGGCGAAAGGGUCCCCGAGAUGCCGAGCAAGAAGAAGAAGUACAACGCCCGGUUCCCGCCGGCGCGGAUCAAGAAGAUCAUGCAGACGGACGAAGAGAUUGGGAAGGUGGCGGCGGCUGUGCCUGUCAUCAUCUCCCGGGCGCUCGAGCUAUUCCUGGAGUCGCUAUUGAAGAAGGCCUGCCAGGUGACCCAGUCCCGAAAUGCUAAGACCAUGACCACAUCCCACCUGAAGCAGUGCAUUGAGCUGGAGCAGCAGUUUGACUUCUUGAAGGAUUUGGUGGCUUCCGUCCCUGACAUGCAGGGGGAUGGGGAAGACAACCACGUGGAUGGGGACAAGGGUGCCCGCAGAUGGACUCUACCUUCCCGAAGGGGCCGGAAGUCUGGCAGCGGUGGUCGGAAGAACGGUGGGAUGGGAAGCAAAGGCAAGGACAAGAAGCUGUCAGGGACAGACUCGGAGCAGGAGGAUGAGUCUGAGGACACAGACACCGACGGGGAAGAGGAGACACCGCAGGCUGCACCCCAGGCCAGCCACCCCCCUGCCCACUUUCAGAGCCCCCCGACACCCUUCAUUCCCUUUGCCUCAACUCUGCCUCUGCCCCCAGCGCCCCCGGGCCCCUCAGCACCUGAUGCAGAGGAUGAAGAAGAUUAUGACUCCUAGCGCCCUCUGCCCCCCAGGCCACACCCCCUUUUAGUUGGUUUUAGUUGCUCUGGGGGGAGGAGAGAAAAUAGAAUUGUUCUUAAAUUUAUUAAAAAAAUAAUAAUAAAAGGGAAUGCCAGUGUCUGUCCCA